AUUUACAUUGUAUAGAGGCUACAUCAGUUCAGUAUGAAAAAAGGAACACAAUGAGUUAAAUUUGCAAGUACAUCAGUUCACCUUGAAUAAAAUACCAAAGUGCACCGUCAAGAUUUCCAUCAGUUCGCUUAUAAGAAAACAUAAAGUAUUUGAAUAAAAUAUUUUGUAAGUAUUUCGAAAGUAUUUGAAUAAAAUAUUUUGUGGGUAAGUAAACUAAUCAUGUUCUUGUAGUUUGGAGGAAAAACAUAAUAAGUUCUACAGAAAUAAAUAUAGAAGUUCAUAUUCCAAAAACAAAUGAGGUAUUUGGGAAGUAAAAUGAAGUAUUUCAAAGUACACAUCUUUUUAGGUUUCGUUGUGAACAUGUAAUGUUACUGUACAUGAACUUGUUAUUCUUUUUACAUGAACUUGUGCAUGCUAAUUGGUGGCUGUUGUGUGUGUGCAGGGACGGUGGACACUACAAAUAUAGUCCCACACAGCCUCUCAACACCACUUCUUGAACCUUCAUGGCCCAGGCCGUUCAUUGCCUCCACACAAGGCUCCCUGCCGCCCCUGCCCCCGGAGGCGCCGCCGCCCCUGCCCCCAGAGGCGCCGCCGCCCCUACCUCCCGGUGCGCCGCACCCUUCCGCCGACGCGCCGCCGCCCCUGCCCAUCCGGUGUGCUGCACGCUCCCCCCUCGCCUCUGCUUCCAAGCGCCGUUAGGACCCUUCACCGGAGUAGAAAGGCCACCACCUCCUGCCUUCGCCUUGCGGGCCAAAAACUACCACGUCCACGAGCAGGGCUCCUCCCGGCGCCUUCUACUCGUCUGCGAGCGGGGAUCGCCCGGAGCCCAUCAUGAGCGUCCAUGAGCGGGGCUCCCGUGGAUGGCUGGAUCCCGUCGUCGGCAUCGAUAGCGUCCACAAGCGCCAACACCUCAUAUUCGGGGUGGCAGCAAAAACAAGAUGCACAAGUUCAUCUUUUGUAUGCUUUUCAGUUCAUCUACUUCCGAUGGAGUGUUUUUGUUUCUGUAGGUCAGCUGCUCAACAUUCUUGUACCGCUCAAUACAUGUAUUACUACUGGGAAGGUUCAAAAAUCAGAACUCAACAAGUUCAACAUGGUGUAUGCCCCACUUGAGACCAUCGAGAGGGCGCACCGUGGCGUCAUGGACUACAUCAAGCACGCGCUCACCCUCUUCACCGACUUCGCCGCCGUCCUGAUCAUCAUGCUCAAGAACGUAGGCGACAAUUCCAAGGACAAGAAGAGGAGGAGGUCCUGAGAGUGUCAUAUGUGCAUCGUUUUUUCUUGUUUCAAAAGUAGAAGGGGAAGAUGUGGAGGGUGGACUACUUAGGGCGAUUGCUGCUGAUG